AUGGCAAACACCUUCAAUAUUGUGUGGUCUGGUCCCAAGUUAGAUGGGAAACUUGAUUAUAGUUAUUGGGAGACUUUGAUGUCUACCCAUUUGAAGGCCCAGAACCUGUGGAGUUUCAUUGAACCGGGUUUGCAAGAAGGAGCAGAUGCUGCCCAACAAAGGAGAGAUCAAUUGGCGCUAUCUCAAAUUCAUCAAGGAGUAGAUUAUACGGUGUUUGGCAAAAUAGCAAAUGCCAAAAGUGCAAAGGAAGCAUGGAACACGUUGAAACUGUCAUACAAAGGCGUAGAUAAAGCUCAGAAAGCAAAGCUACAGUCUUUGAGAAGAGAAUAUGAAAGGUAUGAGAUGUCGAGCUCAGAAACUGUUGAGCAAUAUUUUACUCGUGUUACAGAUCUUGUCAAUAAGAUGAGAGUCUAUGGAGAAGAUAUGCCCGAUAGCAAAGUAGUGGAGAAAAUUCUUCGCACCAUGCCAAUGAAGUAUGACCAUGUGGUGACUACGAUACUAGAGUCCCACGAUAUGGAUACUAUGACGAUUGCAGAAUUGCAAGGAACCAUGGAAAGCCACAUCAGUAGAAUACUGGAGAAGUCAGAAAAAUCAAUCGAGGAAGCCCUGAAAAGCCGAGUGAAUUUCAACAACGUUGCAGAAUCAAGUCGUACACAAGAAGGACGAGGUCGUGUCCUGUCAACCGAGGAAGAGGUCGAGGAAAUUUUUAUCAAGAAAGAACCAAUUUCAACUGCUUUCAUUGUGGAAAGUAUGGACACAAAGCAGCAUAUUGCAGAUUCAAAAUGGUGA